AUGCAGAUCGAUCCGGCUGCUCUGAGUCGGACAGACUCGGCCUCCACUACAAUAGCCUCGUCUAAAAGCACUGCUCCAAAUGCUCCGCCAACGCAGAAGUCUACCAAAGCCCUCAUUUCCGUGCCGCGCCUGGAUCUUGAGCCCAUCUACACCGAGCUGAAGGCCGCCAUCGGCGACAAUUGGGCUGACUACAAGGAAGCUACUUCCCUCUUUCUUCUAGUUUCUGUCUCUUAUCUUACAAUAAGCCUCGGUCCCACUUUUAACCUGAAUGCGUAUGCUGACGCCGCCCUUCUCCCCCAACGAACAGGACAACUGAACCAAAGCGAAUUGUCGUCGCGAGUCGAUCAUAUAAUAUGCGCCGAUCAAAAAACCGAGCAUCUACAUAACAAUUUCGUAUGCGCAAUCAUUGGCAAUCUUACACGGGAUCUUCCGGAUCAUGGUGUCGCAAGUUGGGUGUCGGCGAACGACAAGCCGUCCGUCGUGUCAAAGCCGACAUCGGGCGAUGCCGCUGAACAAAGGCUCAAGACGGAGGUUAUGCAACUCCCUCCCCGGGAUCGUCGACGAAUCAAAGCUAUUCCCGAGCGUGACCCCCAUGAACUGUCGCCGAACGAACUGGAGGAGUAUCAUCUGGCGAAACAGAUCAAGUUGCCAAGUCAAGUACCAGCUAGUGCGGGCGGGUUGAAUAAGACAAACUGGGAACUCGAAAUUCGAAAACGAUAUGCACAACCUCUGGCGUCAGAGUCCGGCGAAUUCCCGGACGCCGAAUCUAUCCACGCACGUAUGGUUCCCAUCUGCUACGAAGAAUCCAUUGUCAGUGGUGCAAGCCUUCCCUGUGCCGAGUUCAUGGCGAUCGCAACGGAGACUUUUGUCAAGGAAGUUCUAUCCGUAGUGUUCUCACGGACGAGAUCGAACGGCCCUUCAGGGACAAUAAACGGCAUGAUGAUGCGCAAGUACCGACAGCAGCUCGAAAGUGAGGAAUUGGCUUUCACGCGAGGAGAGAUCGUCAAGGAUAGCGCGACCGGUCUUCUCCCAGUCGAGGCCAAGGAGGCAAGCACCCGAAAACCCUUGGGCGUGCGAGAUCUCCGAUUAUCCUUGGAACUCGGCGGCGGUGUCCUGAGUCAUAUGCCUCUACUCGUGGAUCAAAUCAUGGGUGGGUAUCUCGAGGAUGAGUUAGAAACAGACAAACAGGACCGGGUCGAGGAGGCGGUCGACGUCCCCGACGCGAAGCCCGACAGUUUCAUGGACGAAAUGGACGUGGACGAGGCAAAAUUCGACUGGGAAGGCGGGACAGUCACGGAUCGGGAGCAAUUGGGUGCCUUGCUGGAUGAAUGUUUGUCGAUGGCCUCGUGA